CUGAAACGUACGAUGUUUCAUGUAAAGAAAACUUCCAAAUGCGGGCAGUACUUAUGUGGACAAUAAGUGAUUUCCCAGCAUAUGGUAUGUUAUCUGGAUGGACAACACAUGGAAGGCUAUCAUGUCCAUAUUGUCAAGAUAACACUGAUGCUUUCCAACUAAAACAUGGAAGGAAAACGUGUUGGUUUGACUGUCACAGGAGAUUCCUACCACCAGAUCAUCCAUAUCGCAGGAGUAGGAAUUUAUUUACGAAGAACAAGAGGGUGUUUGAUGAUCCAACACCGGAAAUCAGUGGGAGAGAAAUGUUGACACAACUAAGAGAUUUUGGUGCAGAAAGGACCCCAGACGUGGGUGGACAUGUGCAUUAUCCGGUAGAUGCUGUUGGAGAUCUACAUAACUGGCACAAAAAGAGUAUUUUCUGGGAUCUGCCAUACUGGAAGGAUCAUCUGCUGAGGCAUAAUUUAGAUGUCAUGCAUAUUGAGAAGAACUUUUUCGACAACCUGAUGAACACGAUCCUUAACGUUCAAGGUAAAACCAAGGAUAAUUUGAAGUCAAGACUGGAUUUAGUCGAUAUAUGUGCUCGUGAAGAACUUCAUGUUGAUGAGAAUGGCAGGGCUCCUUUUCCCAUAUACCGACUUGAUGCAGCGGCCAAAGAUGCGUUCUUUGAUUGGAUUUCAAAGGAUGUGGAAUUUCCAGACGGUUAUGCAUCUAAUUUGGGUAACUGUGUCGACAGAAGGGAAGGAAAGUUUACCGGCUUAAAGAGUCACGAUUGCCAUGUAAUGAUGCAGCGCCUCCUUCCGUUCGCCUUCAAGGAACUAUUACCAAAGAAUGUUUAUGAAGCAGUUGCCGGGAUAAGUGCUUUCUUCCGAGAUUUAUGCACGAGAUCAGUUACUCCUGAAUGUAUUGAAAACUUGAAGACUAACAUAGCCGUGAUUAAGUGCAACCUUGAGAAGAUAUUUCCUCCUUCAUUUUUUGAUGUUAUGGAGCAUCUUGUUAUUCACCUGCCAAGAGAAUUGGAACUUGGUGGUCCUGUUCAGUAUAGAUGGAUGUAUCUGUAUGAGCGGUAUAUGUUUCAUCUAAAGAAAAUGGUGAAAAAUUUAAGUAGGGUAGAAGGUUCUAUAGUGGCACAGUUUAUCAGAGCAGAAACUUCAAACUUUGCGGAGCACUACUUUCCAGGAGAAGUGCAGACGAAAAGCAGAAAACCCGCUCGGCAUGAUGAUAGAGGCGAAAGGGCAACAUAUUAUGUUACGGUUCCAGACAUCUUCACAGAUGUUGGACGACUCAGCGGAAAACCAAAGAACCGUCAACUUACUGAAGAGGAGCACAGUCAAUUGCAAAUAUAUUUGCUCACCAACUGCGAAGAUGUUUUUCAAUACGAGAGCGGUUCGAAUAUAGACACGCCACAGAGGAGGAACUAGAAGCACUGAAGAUGAGAGAAUUUGCUGGAUGGAUGCGUACUUAUGUG